AUGGACAGAGCUGGGAGCCGGAGAAUUGGAUCAGGUUUCGCCACCUCGGACUUAAUCGGGUCAUGGCUUCAAGUCCUUCCUCUGCUGUUCGCCGCUGUCAGCGCAGGGAUCAUCGGCGCCCCUCUGGCCCAUGGCCCCGCCCUAGCGAUCGGACACCACCCUCUGGUGGCGGCCCCCGUGGCAGUGCACACCCCCUUGGUGGCCACCCACGCCUCAUCUUACGCUAAUACAGUGCGAGUGGUCCACAAUUCCGUUCCAGUAGUGAGGACAGUGGCCGCUCCAGUGGCUGUCCACGCUCCAGUGAUCGCUGAGCCGAUCUCCCUCAGCCACGGCUCGCUCCUCCACGGCUACCAUGGCUUCCAUUGA